AUUAGCAAAGCUGCUAUAUCGGGUGCAUUUAGUAUGGUUUUCGUUUACGGUUGUGAAUUAUUUCCCACAUCUUUACGAAAUUCUGCAUUGGCUCUACCUCAUUUAAUGGGUAUACUUGCCGCAGUUUCAGCUCCAUAUAUAUUACUUUUGUCCAUGUACCGAACGUUUUUGCCACUUACUUUAAUUGGAAUUUUGAGUAUAUUGGGAGCAUUAAUUUGUUUAAUUUUGCCCGAAACGUUAAACGUGCAUCUUCCACAGACCAUCGAAGAUGGAGAAAAUAUGGGUAUAAAUAAUUGUUUUAUCUUCUGUAAAAGAAGAACUGAAGCAUAUAAUUUAGUCGAAACAAAGAGAAGAAGUAUUUAGCAAUAAAAUCAUUAUAAACUAGG